AACCAAAAAAAAAGAUAUAAGUCUCGCCUUUACAUGGUAUACUAGUAACGGCUUCUUCCCACUCUUCCCCUGCUUGUUCCGCCGCCACAGCCGGUGCCAUCUAUCCAUCAUACUUUCUCAUCGGCCGCCGCAACUGUUGCUGCUCUCUCCGGUUGACCUUCCUCAUCAGUUCUCAUCGCAUCCUCUUUUCCUUUCUUCCUUCAAUUUGCUAUUGCGUUUAACGUUUUAUGCUGCCACUCACUUCAUUCUCCUACUUCCAAGAACUCCUUAUCUAGCUUCCAAUUCAUCCAUCUUCUUGUUUCCGUUGUUUGUUCCCCGUUCGAGUUCUUCAGCAUCAGUUGUGGAAAAGCUCUGAACUCUGUAGCUGUGUGUUCGAUUGAGGGGUUUUUGUAGGGUUUUGCUGGUGAAAAACAGAGCUCACGGAAUGGGGAAGAAAGGAGGGGGGAAAAGUUUCCCUAAGAAUAAAAAAGCCAUAAAAAACGAUAAGAAGAGUUCCCGGCAUCCUUUUUCAGCUGAUGACAUGGACGACGAGAUUGAUGCCUUCAAUAAGCAGAGAGAUAUCAUCCCACUUGACGUGAAUGCUGAUGCUGAAGAGUCGGACGAAGAUGAUGAAGUCCCUGUUUUUGAUAAGGUUUUGGUGCUACAGACUCUUUUUCUUUUUUUCUUUUUUUCAAUAUAUGAAAAUUUGAAGGCUCAAUUAAACCUGAGGGUAUUGAUGAUAGUGAAGAUGAAGACUUUGACGACGAUGAGGAGGAGGACAAUGAGGAUGCUGAUGAUGAUUUGUCGAAAAUGAUUAGGCAAAGAAAAUAUUUACGUGCAAAGUUUGGCACGGGUGAGGAUGAUAUGCAUGAUGAUGAAGAGGAGGAGGAUGAAGAUAAUAAGCUUACUUGGGGAGGAAAGAGGUUUGCUCAUGGUGCUGAGAACCGUAAUUUUGAGCUACAAUCGAGUGAUGAUGAGGACCCAAAAGAAGAGGAAAAAUUGGCAUUACAACAACAGAAGGAUAAAGCAAAAUAUUAUACAAUGGAGGACUAUGGCCUUGUUGAUAUUAGUGAAGGCAAGGACGAUGAGAUAAUGACUUUCGAGGAUGCAUCAGACAAAGGAAAGGGGGCAGUAAGGUCACCAGAUAGAGAUAUAACUUUCACUGUUGAGGAUCUGAAAGCUUUGUCAAAGGAGGAGCAAAUGAAUAUACUUCAUAGGUCCGCUCCAGAUUUAGUUGGUUGGUUGUCAGAACUAAAUGAGGCACAUGAACAGCUUGAAGCAAAAGUUAACCCAUUCUUAAGCAAGGCUAAAGCAGGGGAAUUGGAUAUGAAAGGUGUUGUGCGUUACUUUGAGUUGAAGCAGCUUCUUUUGUUGUCAUAUUGCCAAGCUAUAACUUUCUACCUUCUCCUCAAGUCUGAAGGACAGCCAGUCCAUGAUCAUCCUGUGAUGGGUCGCCUUGAAGAGAUCAAGAACUUAUUGGAUCAGAUAAAACAACUUGACACAGAACUUCCAUUUGAACUCGAGGACAUUCUUAAAGGAAAUAAUGGAUUGGAACCGGUACUAAAGAAUGCUCCAACAACAAUCGAUUCUUUUUCUAUGGAGCCUUCUGUCUUUGCCAAAUCACAGGAAGAAGUGUCUCAAAAAUCAGUCGAGACAGAAAAAUUCCAAUCCUUGAAGGAUACUGUUCAGAAAGCAAGAAAAGAUGAACAUCAGAAAGCUUCCAUUGGUGUGCAAAGUUUGGAAAUGUUAAAAGUUAGAGCUUCUCUUGAGGAAAAAUUGAAGCAAAAGGGUUUGUACAGCUCCAUUGCUCCAAAGUCUAGUGGGGCCCUAAAACGCUCAAGACCGGUUAAUGGACGGCUCGAAACAUAUGAUGAUUUUGUUGACGAUACUGCGGAUGUUAAGGGGGCAGCUGGCUUGGUUAAUGGUUCCAAUAAAGUUGCACAGUAUCUUAAUGCUAAUUUGAAGAAACCAAAGGUCAUUUCUGGUGAUGAUGAUUUACCCAAAAGAGAUGAUAUUGGAGAAAGACGAAGGAAACACGAGCUCCGGGUUAUGGCUGGUGCUGGUGUUCAGAAUGAGGAUGACAAUGGUGGUGACUAUGAUGAUGAAGUUGGCCGUCGUGGAUCUGACGAUGAUACAAACGAAGAGGAUGAUUUUGAUAGUGGUGACUCGGAAAAUGAAUUUUACAAACAAGUGGAACAACAGCGAAAUGCAAAACUUGCUGCAAAAGCUCAGGUUUACUCGAGGAAGUCAGGGGUUGUCCCAUCCAUGCCAGAGACUAUAGAAGGAAAACGCCAAAUAACAUCUCAGAUGGCAAAGAACAGGGGGUUGACUCGAAUCCGCAACAAGGCAAAGAAGAAUCCAAGAAAGAAUUACAAGCUCAAACACCAAAAGGCUCUCAAGAAGCGGCAGGGACAAGUUCAGAGUAUUAGAAAGCCUACAGGUCCUUAUGGUGGUGAAGCUACUGGAAUUAAUCCUUUCGUUAGUCGAAGCAUCAGAUUCAAGGACUGAUAUUGUCAUGGGGUCUUGCUAUAUCAUUUGAGUAUCACAAUUUUGAAUCAUCUAGUUAAGAUGGAAGCAAUUUUCUUCUUGCCAUGUAACAGUGUAGAAUAAAAACUGAAAUGAUUGUUGAUUGGGAGAGAAGAAUUUUAUUUUAGUAGGUAAACAUAUUUUCUUAGCCUCAUAGACCUUUCCAAAUUUUCCAGUUUUGAUCUAAUUCUUGAGAGCAGUUGAUUGUUUUUCUUUUUUCCCCAACUUUUGUAUGGGGAAUACAAAGCUAGCUCAAGAAACAAAGGCUUAUUUUAUUUGAGAAAGUUACUGUAAUAUUCUGAUUCCCCUUAUUCAGUUCUCUUUCUUUGGAUUUUU